GUCUCUGUCAGCAAAGAAUCGCACAAGUGAACUUGUAUUGUUUAAAUAAAGAAUUUUUUACCUGUUUUGCUACAAACAUUUGAGAUUUUUGAGCAAUUUAGCACCUAAAGUUUCUGUGUGGCGAAUACAUUUGCGUAUUUUGCACUAGCUGAAUUUUUUCACCUGGAAAUAGAUCCGAGUACUACCGCGCAACAACUUUGCCAAGAGCUGAAUUCUUGCGUCUACCGCUUCUCUUAAUUUGUGAGGGCUCAAAGGUAUUGCAUUGGCUCCUGGCUUUGCCACAGACAGAAAAGCUUGGACUCAAAAAGGUUUAAUUCUACUGCGUAACUAGAGCACCACUGCUUACUUGCCUGAUAUUAGACUCUUAAAGGUUUUUUGUGAAAGCGAUAUGGAUAACAACGAAGAUGUACUUGAAUGUCCGCUUUGCAUGGAACCUCUCGAGGUUGAUGAUCUGAACUUCUUUCCAUGUACUUGUGGCUACCAAAUUUGCCGAUUUUGCUGGCACAGAAUACGCACCGACGAAAAUAAGCUGUGCCCAGCAUGUCGAAAGGAAUAUACUGAAAAUCCGGCGGAUUUCACGCCACUGACUCAGCAGCAGAUUUUAGCGUUCAAGAUGAUGAAAAAGCAACGCGACCAAAAGCGUAAGCAAAAGGUGCGCGUUACUGAGAAUCGCAAACAUCUGUCGAAUGUGAGAGUGGUUCAAAAGAAUUUAGUAUUUGUGGUCGGCCUACCGCCGCGAUUGGCCGAUGCAGAGGUACUCAAGAAGCAUGAGUACUUUGGGAAAUACGGUAAGAUACAUAAAGUUGUGAUAAAUCCCAGCACCGCCUAUGCCGGAGUACAGGGGCCAUCCGCAUCGGCCUAUGUCACUUAUGUACAUAAUAAUGACGCUUUAAGAGCUAUACAAAGUGUCAAUACUCGGAAUAUAAUAAUAGAUAGCAGACUCAUAAAAACCAGUUUGGGAACAACAAAAUAUUGCAGCCAUUUUAUGAAAAAUCAAGUAUGUCCUAAGGGUGAUUGUAUGUAUCUUCAUGAGUUAGGCGAUCCAGAGGCUAGUUUUACGAAGGAGGAAAUGCAUCAAGGGAAACACCAAGAAUAUGAGAAACGCUUACAUGACGCAUUGGUAGUGGGUUCAAAUAGUCCUGGCACGAGCGGCACAAGUGAAACAAAUCAAACGAAUGCUGGUGUUCCCGUGUGGGGAAGCAACGGCGGAGAGAAUAAUCAUGGAACUGCUAAUAAAAAUAGUAAUAUAAGUAAAACAAAUUCCAGUUCGCAGUAUCAAGUCAUGCCUUCGUCAGCGAUACCUUCGCCUUCAUUAGCAUCUGCAUCUAAUGGGCCUACUGUUGAAACAGUAACAGAUCACAGCCCCACUUUAUCGGCUUCACCAGUGAUUAAAGAUGUCGCAGCAAGUCCUGGUGAAGUGAAGCACAAAAAAGAGCGGGGUAGGCAGGAUAAGGUUAAAAAUGACAAAAACGCAAAAUCAAAAAAUAAAAAUAUUGUAAAUGAUGCAAGUAAAAAUUAUACUGGCAAUACACACAGAGAUAAUACUAGCAAUCACAAUGACGUAAAGGAUGGCGCAGAAACUCCUGCAGAUGGAACGGCUUCCCAAUUUUCCAGCCCAGUCCAAGAACGCGAUAUUACCCCGAGCAAUAGUAGUUCCGGUAUAACAAAGGGCAAAAUAAACAAGCCGAAAGCUUCGAAAAAAAGUGUCGACGAGAGUGACAUUAAAAACAUAGAGGACUCGGAAGAGAAUAAUCAUGUAAAUGAAAGCGAUAAAGCUAUUAGCAGUAACAAUAAUGAAAAUGCUUUAUCGGAGUUAUUCGAAAGUCCUGAAGUAUCAGUAAACGAAUUAACUGAUAGUAAAAAGAACGAAAGUAGUGAGGUGGAUGAAGUGGUUCUGGACAACUCUUUUGAAGAACCAAAUUUGAAAAAUGAAGAGAGCGACCUCCCUGCUGACAUCAAACCGGAGAUUGCACAACUUACUCUGUUCGACAACAAAUUAACUCCAAUAUUCUCCCCAGUACUUCCACUCCAGAAUCCAAUGUGUCCAGAAGAUAAGGUAGAAGAUCUGCCAAACCAAAUGAAUAAUAUCAAAAUAUCACCUCUGCCCGAUUUAUUGAAAGGCAUUGAAGAGCAACAAUUUCAACAAGUACAUCCUCACCAACAAAAAGAAUUGGCACGUUUACUUGAAUUACACAAACAAAAUAGUUUAUUUGGAAAUAUGAAUCAUUCGCAGCCCAAUGUUCCACAAGGCGGUUUACAAAAUCAUUUUGGCGGCUUAACCGAGAUGGUGCAAUCUCCGCUGACUACAUUGGAACAUGCAUCUGAACUUCUAUUGAGCCAAAAUUUGUAUGGCAUAAAUAUGUCGAAAUUUUUUGAUUUUCACAAGAAUCAGCAAUUACAGUUGCAACAACAUUGCGUUAGUAAUGAGCAGCCUAUCGGAAAUGGUAGUAAUACACUUUUGGAAAAUAACUUAAAUCCUUACCAGUUUAUGCAGCACCCGGCGCUUUCGACUUUACAACAGCAGCAACAACAUCAGCAACAGCAACAACAAAAGCAUAGAACUCUUGGCCAACUUGAUUCAGUAAUGGCGCUGCAACAACAUCAUCCUACCAUUCAAAACCAACAACAUACCAUACUGCAAAACCAACAGAGCCGCAUGCAAAAUGAAUUUUCUGCAAAUACUUUCGUCGACGAUGAUUUAGGGUUCGAUCCAUUCACUGAAACCCAAAAGGGUUUGGCUGAGCUGAUGGAAAAUGAAAUAGUUAAACCACAGCAUUCUAAAACAAACUGCAACACUAUGCGAGUACCAACGGAGCCCAAUAUGAUACAUCAACAUCAGCACAACAUGGAUAAUCUGCAAAGAGCACGCAUGCCUCCACCAGGCUUUAAUCACAUGAACACCUUUGGAUUGAAUGCUCCUCGGGAACACAACACUAGCAAAAUGAUGCCAUUCUUGAAUAUGACUGGCAAUAGAGCACACACAAAUGAUAUUCAACAUUUGUCAGCUUUUAAUACAUGGGACUCACAUUUACAAUCGCCACGACAUCAACUACCAAGCUUCGGCGAAUUACAGGCACAUCAAAUGAAUCAAAAUAAUCGGAAUGCCGGUAAUUUGGGCAACGACUGGACCGCAAUGGAUCCUGCAAUAUUAUCCUUUCGACAAUUCCCGUCAUGCCCUCAACCGCCACAAAUGCUUCAUCCCCAUCAACAAAAGGAUUUAUUUCCUCAACAUUUAACACAACAACAGCAACAAAAUAAUUUCGGAAAUCCGGCUCAUGGAGGUGGCAACAUGCACCUACCCAAUAACCAGAUCGGUUCACAAUCCGCUGCUCAAGCACAGGUCAACGCUAAUGUCCAAGGAAUGUUGGAGUACCUUAAAAAUCGUCAAUUCUUUUAAGCGACGAGAAAAUAUAUUGAAAUUAUAAAAACUAUUGCUUUUAAAUAAUAAAACUAUUGCUUGCUUAUAUUUUGUUGGUUUAAUAGA